AUGCAAGUCCUCCUUGUAGUGGAGCAAAAUAAUCAACUCGUGACUUUAAACCAUCAAGCUCGUCCCACUGGAUCUGCUCCAUUCGCAGAAGCGAAUGUUGCAUCAUCCAGUUAUGAUAAUAGGAGAGGACGAGGUCGUGGACGUGGUGGAAACCGUUAUCAUGGUCAUGGAAGAGGACGAGGAAUAAGAUUUCGUCCCUAUGAUGAAAGAAAUAAUAAAGACUUCCACGAAAAUGAAAGGAAUGAAAAAGACCGGGAUGAUAAAAGGCAAACGGGAAAGGUUUGCUACAGAUUCGGCAUGAAAGGUCAUUGGGUACGUAAUUGUCGUACUCCAAAACACUUAGCCGAUCUAUAUAGAGAAUCCCAAAAGGGAAAAGAAAAAGGAAGAGGUGAAACAAACUUCAUCUCUGGUGAACCCGGACCAUCCUUUCAUGGUUUAAACGAUGAUACUCAUCUUGACGUAUCAGACUUUCUGGUUGAGCCAGAGAGUAUCGAUGAGUGA